AUGGGGCCCAAGAAGCCCAAAUACGAGCGUCUGACGCCUUUAAGGCAUCCGGCUCUUUUGAUAUUCCUUGGGCUCUUGGGUGUGUGCUGGAGCGCCAGCCUUGUGGGAACCACUGGCGAUCAAGAGGCGUGCCUGUACGAGGACGAAAUCUGGGGUGGCGAGGAUAUACGCAAAUUCUACUUCUGCAUCAGUGGUGAAGUCUACGAGGAUACGUGCGAUACAGACUAUUAUUUUGUGAGAAAUGCCACCUACUCGGGCUGCCUGCCAGCUGCUCUGAUGAACCCGCAGUGCGUCAACCUGGACGCUGUUGAACCCGACUGCGAGGGCAUCAGCGCCGAGCAGCCACAGCCCACCGAUUUGUUGAACCAAUACUACCUCUGCACCGACGAUGGCGUCAAGCAGCUAUCCUGCGGGGAGGACAAGGCCUUUAUCAACCAGGACGGAUACCUGGGCUGCUUCCCCUGGACGCAGUGGCGCACUCUGCGCAAUUGCAGCGAAGGCUAG